AUGUUUCGAGAUCGUACAAAUUUGUACAUUUCAUAUAGACAAUCAUACGCGCACCAUCCAAUCCCUUCAACUUCAAUAAGAGAUGUUCCUGAAGAGCAACAGGGGUUAAUUGGCGGCGCUGCUGCUCCAGGGACUAGUAAUGGUUACGAUAUGAUUGGUAUAGAGAUGGACCUGCUUCCGCCAUCAUGGGUAGAUGUUUCGAGUGAAGUUGAUGAAAGGCUGUCUGAUAUCAAGCGACAAAUUAGCCAGUUAGACACCUUGCAUCGGAAAAAUGCACUACCAGGAUUUGAUGAUAGAACUUAUGAAGAAGAACAGAUUGAAAAGUUGACAUUUGAAAUCACCAGCGGGCUACAUGAAUGUCAGUCACUGAUAAAGAAGUUUGAUGCUAUGUCGAACUCUGGUGGAUCUACAGCAGAGGUUAAAAUGAGCUCCAACAUGAAGAUUUCAAUGGCCACCAAAGUCCAAGCAACAUCUAGUACAUUUAGAAAGAUGCAAUCAAAUUACUUGAAAGCACUACGAAAAGAUAGUGGAAUCUCAUCAUAUACCCCAUUGAGGCCACAAUCACCAGCCAUUGGUUCCAGCAGCAGCGGAGGAGCUAGUGGUAGCGGUAAUGGAAGUUACGAUCCAGUGGCGGAAGACGAAAUGGAUGUCGCGUUUUCUGAAAACACUUUGCGCCAGCAAGAGCAAAAGCAGUCGUUAAUUGCAACAGAGGAUACGGAAAUUCGCCAGAGAGAGCAGGAAAUUACAAAAAUUGCCCAGGGCAUUCUGGAACUGGCAGAUAUAUUCAAGGACCUACAAACAAUGGUGAUAGACCAGGGUACUCUCCUGGAUAGAAUUGAUUACAAUGUCGAGACCAUGUAUACCAAUGUAAAGCAGGCUGACAAGGAGCUCAUACAAGCCACGCAUUAUCAGAAAAGGACGCAGAAGUGUAAAGUUAUAUUGCUUCUGUGUUUAAUCAUUGUUGGGCUCAUUAUUGUGCUCGUGGUAAAACCAAAGAGACAUUCACAGCCAGCACCAGCACCAGCACCAGCACCAGCACCUGUGCCAGCACCUGUACCGCCACCAGUGCAGCCUCCAGACACCGAAAAAAUAUAG